GCGUCACCUCAUUGGUUGAACCCCUCUAGGCACUGACGACAUUGUCGCGCUUGCGCACUGUGGGUCUUCUCGCACCCGGGUGUUCAGGUUUGUUCGCAGUUCGAGCCACCGUCGCGUGUAGCACAACCACUACCAACAUGUACUCCCUGGCAAGGAUCGCUUCCCAGUCUCUGGUUGCUAAUGGAUCCCGUGCCCUGGUCAGGCCCCUCAGCAGUGCUGUUACCUGUCGGCAACCUGAGCAGCUGAGUGGAAACAGACCAACCAUAGCAAAGUUCCAGGGACUCAGCACAGAGAUGACCAGUGUUCCAAGCUUCCAGCAGAUUGUCCGAGGUUUCCAGACGUCCGCCGUCUCUCGUGACAUAGACACCGCGGCCAAGUUCAUCGGAGCCGGAGCAGCUACUGUAGGAGCCGCCGGGUCCGGCGCAGGAAUCGGAACUGUAUUCGGAUCCCUCUGCAUCGGUUAUGCUAGGAACCCAUCCCUGAAGCAACAGCUGUUCUCGUACGCCAUCCUGGGGUUCGCUCUGUCCGAGGCCAUGGGUCUGUUCUGCUUGAUGAUGGCUUUUGUGAUCCUGUUCGCCAUGUGAGAGAGUCCCAGGCUGCUGUAUGACAUAAUGUUUGGCUAGACCAGAUUGUAUUUGAGAGUCUAAAAAUAAAAGGUUGUAUGAAUGAGUUAGUCACAGAUGCCACAUGUCCACCACAUGGAGAUAUUGUACCCAAAGGAUUGUAAAACAAAAGAGUCAAAACUUAAAAGAAAGAAACAAUUUGAUGAAUAUUGUCUGAUUUACCGUAGCGUAUUCCUGAGUUUGUACAUCCAUGUCUGUCGUACCGAGUUGCGGCAAACGAUCAACCCACGUGUCAUGUGAACCACAUCCGUUUUUCCCUCUUGAAUACCAUCCAGACUUGUUGGAAUUAAUAAAUAAAAGAGAUGUGGACAAAA